GGACGAGAAGGCAAAGUGGACAGCUCACUAAAUGGGUUUCCAAACCGACUCCCCCCCCUACACCCGCCACGAACUCGUCGGCAAAGGUGCCUCGGGCACAGUCUACAAAGGCAUUCACAACUCCACCCACCAAGCCGUCGCCAUCAAAGUCCUCAAUCUCGAUACACAAGUGGAUGAAGUCAAUGAUAUUCGACAGGAGGUACAGCUGUUGAAGGAGUUAACGGAGAAUGGGGAGGGUAGGAAUAUCAAUCGGUAUCAUGGGUGCUGGCUCGUUGGGACACGGUUGUGGAUUGUCAUGGAUUAUUGUUUCGGGGGGUCAAUACGGACGGUGCUCCAAAGCGGACCACUGCCAGAACUCCACAUCUCAAUCAUAACCCGCGAACUCCUCCACGCCCUCUCCUACAUCCACUCCCUCCCCCUCAUCCAUCGCGACCUAAAAUGCGCAAACAUCCUCCUCACCCACACCGGUUCCAUCCAACUCUGCGAUUUCGGCGUAGCCGCCCCACUUACUUCCUCACAAUCCAAGCGAUCAACGUUUGUGGGUACCCCGUAUUGGAUGGCACCGGAGGUUAUUAGGGAGGGUGAGUGGUAUGAUGUCAAAGCUGAUAUUUGGAGUGCGGGGGUUUGUGUGUAUGAGAUGGCGACGGGCAACCCGCCUUUUGCGGAUCAGGAACCGAUGAGGGCUGUGUUCCUCAUUCCGCGCUCCCCGCCAUCUCGACUCGAAGGUAACUUUUCCGCACAGAUUAAGGAGUUCGUGGCACUUUGCGUGAGUGAGAUCCCGGGCGAACGACCAAGUGCAGAAGAUCUCCUGAAAACAAAAUUCAUCAAAAAUUCUGCGAAGACGGGGACGGGGAUAUUGAAGGAGUUGAUUACGCGGUAUAAAAAGUGGGAGGCGAAGGGGGAAUUUUGGGUUCGAGGAGCCGGAGGAGGGGGCGGGUGGUGGUGGUGGUGCGGCGGGUUGGGAGUUCGAUACGGUUAAAUCCACACACACAAACACCAACACCGCACUCGAGUCACGAUUAGAACAGCGAUACCACGAACACCCCGACGAAGAAAUCGAAAUCGAAGAUGAUGGUGCGACGGUCCGGAUGGUACAGCAACAAAACCAGCCGUUGGU